GGCUCCCGCCGGUUCGGCCUGGGGGGGUCUCGCCCAGGCGGGACGGGACGGGACGGGACGGGACGUGCUGGGAGCCGCAGCCCUGCGCCGGGCCGGGCUGUGCCGGGAGGGGCGGGGAUGAUGUGUUAGGCCGGGCGGAGCGGAGUGGGUCAAUGCGCGGGGACCCGGCGGUGGCCGUAGUGUGCGGACACCACCAGCCCUAAGGGCAGCUCUCCUCGUCGGCUGCAACUGCUGCCAUGAGCCGCGGGCCCCCCAGCCCGUCCUCCCCACCCCGGGGGGAGAGCCCCUCCCGGCAACCCCUCGGGCCCGGGAGCGGGGACUUGGACAUGUUGCGCUGCCCCUCCUGCUUUCUUCUCCUCUGGAAGCCGGUGACCGUGUCCUGCGGUCACUCUUUCUGCAAGCCGUGCCUUGGGGGGUCCCUGCCCCCCCGCUGCCCGCUGUGCCAGGAGAGGUUGAAGCUGCUAGGCGUUGGGACGGCGAGGUGCAACGUGGUGCUCUGCGGCCUCCUGGAGAAAUGCGUGGAGCGGGAGAUCCGGCUGGCCUGGCUGGCGGCACAUGUCCAGGACCGUCUCACCCGUGGGGAUGCAGAGGAAGCGCUGAGGAUGGCUCAGAAAGGGGUCGAGUUGGCCCCAGACGCCAGCUCCCUGCUGCUGUGCCGGGCAGAGGCAUUCACAGCACUGGGACAGCACAAGCGGGCACUGGAGGACCUGGACGCUGUGUGCAAGGCUGAGCCUGGAGAGCAUGAGGGCUUUUUCAGGAAAGGGAAGGUGCUUCUGAAGAUGGGACAGAGAGCUGAAGCCCUGAUGGCAUGGGAACACUGCCUGACACUCAGUCCCCAUUUCCAUCCUGCUCGGAGAGAGAUGGAGAAGAUCCUUGCAGAGGAUGCUCCUCAGCCAUGCACGGCUGCUGCACACCCAGAUGUUGCUCACCAGGGCUCGACUGGUCCCCAGGUUGAUGGAGGGAGCCCUGUGUUCCCAUCCUCCUCCCCACAAGUUCGGGAUCAGGAGGGAGAGCGAGCGGAUGGCAGAGGGGACGCUGAGCAUGGCCAGGGGACAGCCACCCUUUCCCAGCCGGGACGACAGCAGGAACAAGACACUUCAGCAGAGAGGCAGGACCGGUGGUUGGUAGAUAAUGAAGAGGAAACAGCAGCAGCAAAGGAUACCCAGCCAUCCCUUUGGGAGCUACUGAGCAUAUCUGACUUGGAGUGCUCCCUCUGCAUACGGAUGUUCUUCGAGCCGGUGACAACGCCGUGUGGACACACCUUCUGCAAGGAGUGCCUCGAACGCUGCCUGGACCACCGGCCCAACUGUCCCCUCUGCAAACAGAGCCUGAGAGAGUACCUGAAGGACGGAAGCUACAGCCCCACCGUGCUGCUGCAGGACAUCAUGCUGGCCACCUUCCCUGCACAGCUGGCCCAGCGCCGGGAUCUGCACCAGGCAGAGAUGGCAGAGCUCUCCAACCUGACCAACAACAUCCCCAUCUUUGUAUGCACAAUGUCCUUCCCUGGAAUCGCCUGCCCUCUGCAUGUCUUUGAACCUCGUUACCGCCUCAUGAUCCGGCGGUGCCAGGAGACCGGCACGAGGAGGUUUGGCAUGUGUAUAUAUGAGGACGGGAAAAGUUUUGCUGACUACGGCUGCAUGCUGGAGAUCCGGCAGAUCGAGCUGCUGGCGGAUGGGAGGUCCUUGGUGGACACCAUUGGCCAGCGGCGGUUCCGGGUGCUGAGCCGUGGACACAGGGACGGCUACAACACUGCAGACAUCGAGUACCUGGAGGACAAGAAGGUGGCUGGGGAGGAGCUGCAGGAGCUGCAGUGCCUGCAUGAAAGCACCUACUGCUUGGCUCAGCGGUUCUGUGAGCAUGGAGACCUUGCCUCCAGGCAUGUUUUGGUGCAGCAUGGACCGCUGCCGGAGAAGGAAGAGGACAUCCAGGCUUUGCCAGAUGGCCCGACAUGGUGCUGGUGGCUCAUCUCCAUCCUGCCCCUUGACCCGUCCUACCAGCUGAACCUCUUCUCCAGCACGUCCCUGCGUGCCCGCCUCACCCAGCUGCAGCGCAUCCUCACCUCCCUGCUGCAGCAGCCGCCCCCUGGCCACCCACUGCUCGAGUACAACUCCCGGGGCCGCGUCUGAGCCCCCCGGCCCCCGUCCUCUCUGCAGGGGAGACCCCGCAACCCCUUGGGUUUCUCUGUGUGUUGCCUCAUGGUUUUGCGUGUGGUUUGAGCCUCCCCAAAAGUGGCCUCAGCGAUGAGCUGGGCACCCUCUACCUGACUUAGUGGGGCCAGCGCUGCACCGGCAGUGACACCACACCAUCCGCACCAUCUCCGGGAGCUGCUCGAUGAUGUGGCUGUGCUGUGCUGUGCCACCAAAGCGGGGACUGGGAUGGAAAGCUGGGUUGUGUCUCAGGAACCAAAAUCACUUGCUGAGCUGGUUCGGUGCUAAGGAGGAUUCUCCUUAGGGCAGUGGAUCAAGUGCCAAUAUUGUCUCUUCCUUUUUGAAGGACAACUUAGGGUUUUUGAUAGAUGGUCCUGCUCUGUGCAGCAGAUCUUCAUGCUUGGGAGUGGUGGUACUAGGAGGCAGAGAGGUCCUGGUGGCUUCCCCCAACCUCAGGAGCUGAUGACUGUGCCUCCACUUAUGACUUUGACUUAAUUUCUAUUCCAACAAGAAGAAAGGUUAAAUUAAUCUGAAACUUAUGGCCCUGCUCCUAACCACCUCCAUGGCCACACAGCAAGGAGAUGUUGCUCUCCAAGUGCUCCCGGGUCUGGAUGUCUCCUUUCCCACCGCUCUACUUGGUGCUGUGCCAUGUGUGCAGUGCCAAACUCGCCAGCAGCUUCCCCAUGCUGGAGGCUGCUUGCUGCUCUGCUGCCAUGAAAUGCUGUGGGAAGCAGGGAAUUUGGCAGCAUUGGUACUUUUUCUCACACCCAAAAAGUCUUCUGCUUCUGAGCCUGGCUGGGUUCAGGUUGCAUGAUCAGAUCUGGGGGCUGGAAGGAGCUGAUGGCUUGAGGGGGUUAAGCCUAGGAGUGGUUUUGUGAGACUUUCUGCUCCUUGACUAGUGCAAUUUUCCUGUGUUCAGUGUUUCUUGUGAACUUGCUGCAUCCUCAGGAGAAAAUAAGGAUCUGAGCUGAGGUCAGAUCUUUGCAUUUCAGACCCAGAACAAUUCAGGAUCCCCCCAAAAAGCACAGGAUGUAGUCACAGGGAGCCAAACCUCAGGGGAGGAGGUAGGACCGGUGACUGAGGCUGUGAGCCCAUGUCGGGGAGCAAGUGCCUACCUGUAAGUGCCUGGCAGCUGCUUGUCUCUAGAUAUAGGGAAAUGAGCAUCCCUCUGGACAGGGAUGGAAAACCUGAACAUUUGGAUUUUUUUGUCUCUCAUCCAUAAUUUCAAUGGCUUUGAGUUAAAUUUUAGGAGUGACAUCCACUUAGUUGUUGGAUUAACAUUGCUUCCAGAAUUUUAUCCUUGCUUUUCCCAAAGGCUCUGCCACACAUAUAGGGGCUGUUGGGUGUGUGUGGGGGCGAGAAAAUCAGGCCGGGGCUGCAAUGCUCCUUCUUGCAUGUGUUGCUGGGCUGAGCCUGGGGCAGGGGGCUCUGGAGAGGUCCCUGCCCGGGGCCACCGCCUUUCCCUGUCCUGCUCUCUCCAGGAGCAUGAGGUUUCAAUCCCUCCUGUCAGCAAAGUGCCUCCCUGGAGCGAUGGUCAGGGGAGGCUGGGGGCUUUGGGGGUUUGCUCCCAGGGACCAGAGUGAGCACAGGGUGGCUGGGGACAGCUCAAAGCUGGAUUUGCUCCUCUGCCUUUGAGCCACGUCCUUCCACACUUUGCUGCUGUUUGUGGGGCACCAUAACUCCUCCAAGGGGCUACGUCCUCAGGAUGUCUGAUCGGAGUGGGCAGGGGCAGGUGAUAGAGGGAUGCCUCGUGGUCCCAUGGUGGGUGUGUGCUGGUGGCGCUGAAAUUUGGGAAGUGCCUUUCUUUGCCACAGGGUCAAUGCAAGCUCUCUCAAUGACACCUCCACGCCACUCCGAGGCCCUCACCUACACCCCAAGUUGCCAGUUCCCCAGGUGUGGGAGCUCCCUGGGCCACUGCGGGUCCCUCCAGGGAGGGGGUGGCAUGGGGGCAUGCAGGGGAGAGAUGUGGUGCUGCCCCACGGCCACACUGGGGGAGAGCUGGGGACCAGAGCAACAUCUGCCUGGCUGCUUUGGGAACGGACUCCCAAAUCAGUCCCAUUUGCUUGGAGCGCCUUUGGGGAUUGUAUUAGUAUCUGUGCUCUUCGAAUUAAAUUAUCUUCUGGUCAUUGAAAUAAAGACCUUUUUGUUGUUGUUUCA